UUCCUGAGACGGAAAUACGACGGGGGAAGGAAUAUGGCGCUCAUCCCAUCACAGAUCCUCAGAGUAGCGAUACUCCUCUCUUAUUUUUCCAUCCUCUGCAAUUACAAAGCCAUAGACAUGCCCGCGCAUCAAACAUACGGUGGUAGCUGGAAGUUUCUUACGUUCAUAGAUUUGGUCAUUCAGGCGGUGUUCUUUGGAGUGUGUGUCCUGACUGACCUCUCAAGCCUUUUGACAAAAGGCAGUGCCAGUAUGGAGCAAGAGAGACAGUUGAGGAAGCUGAUUAGCUUACGAGACUGGAUGAUGGCUGUUCUGGCCUUUCCUGUUGGUGCGUUUGUGGUGACUAUGUUCUGGACGCUUUACGUGUAUGACAGAGAUUUGGUAUAUCCAAGACUCCUGGACAACUUUAUACCUCAGUGGCUAAACCAUGGCAUGGUGAGUGGAAAAUUGCUUUCUUUUCUUUCUAGACUAGACUGUAAAAUAUGUUUGCCAGUUUCAAAUCACUGA